AUGAUUUAUGUUUUUUUUUUUAUAAUUUUAUUAAAUAAUUAUUUUACCAUUGAAGAAAAUAUGACAAAAAAAAAUUUUAAAAGAUCUGUAGACCAAAUAAAUAAUUUUGUGUUAAAUUUUCCGGAAUUAACUGAUUCAAAAAUAAAUAAUAGAAAAAAAAGAAAAAUAAUAACAACUAAAAAUACUAAAUGGCCAUUAUUAAUAUAUAUUUACCACGACAUGAGUAUAAGAACUGUUACAAUUCAAAAGUUGGUAAAACUUAUUGAACAAGAAACAUGUAUAAAAUUUCGAAUAGAAAAAUCUAGCCGUUUUUAUUCACCAGGUAUUUUUUUUAAAUAUACAGGAAAAUGUUCAAGUGCCAUAGGAAAUAUCCAAAAAGAAGCAUGGCAAAAAAUAGAAAUUGGACCAAGAUGUAAUAAUUUCGAAGGAAUUUUACAUGAAACUUUACAUGCAUUAGGAUUAUAUCAUGAACAAUGUCGUUUUGAUAGAGAUUUUUUUGUAAAAAUAUAUACAAAAAAUAUGUUACUAUUUGAGACUGCAAGUUGUAAAAAACAUACUGCUUAUGAAGCUUUUCAUUAUCAUUUAUCAUAUGAUUAUGGUUCAAUAAUGCAUUCUGCUGUAAAUGCAUAUGCUAUAGGUAAUUUAAAAACAAUAAUACCAACUGAUCCUUUAUAUGAAACAACUAUGGGACAAACUCAAAAACUUUCUUUUAUUGAUAUUAAAGCUUUAAAUUUACACUAUUGUACACAUACUAAUUGUCCAUUUAAAAGAAAUUGUUAUAAUUACGGAUACCAAGAUCCUCAUAAUUGUCAUUUAUGUAAAUGUAUUGAUGGAUUUAUUGGUUCACAAUGUGAACAGUUAAAAAUGAGACAAGUAAGAUGUUCGAAAACUUUAAUAUUUCCAGAUCGUAAGCCUAGAUUAUUUUUUUUAAAUGGAAGAAAAACCUGUGUUAUACAUUUUGUAGUAAACAAAACUAGUAGAAUUAGAUUUGAUAUUAUUAAAGUGUAUAUGCAUCCCAAUACUUAUCCAACAUGUCAAUAUGAAAACACUAUAGAGGUAAAAUAUUGGAUGGAUAAAUCUGUAACAGGAGCAAGAUUUUGUCGUCAAACAGAAAAUAAGAUAAUUUUAUCACAUAACAAUCAUAUAAUUUUUCAUUACAGAAGUUCAUAUACAACUAAUUAUGCUCACAUAUAUUAUAAUGAAGUAUUAUAA